AUGGUGUUCAAGAAAAUUAGACGAAAAGUGGAGAGAAUUGUUACCAAACCCUUUAGAAAACCUUCAAGAAGACCCUCUAUAAAACCACCAUCACCAAACCCUUCUCCAUCUCCUCCACCUGAACCACCACUGGCCGCCAUGUACCGUCGCCCCACCCACCCUUUCAUGUUCCCGGAAGCGCAGUCCACCGUCCUCCCCGACCCCUCUACUUUCUUCUCCCCUAACCUUCUCUCAUCCCCUCUCCCAACAAACUCUUUCUUCCAAAACUUUGUCCUCAAAAAUGGCGAUCAACCCGAAUACAUCCACCCGUAUUUGAUCAAAUCAUCGCCCUCCUCGCUUUCUGUAUCGUACCCAUCUCUCUUCUCCACCACUGCCUUCACAUAUCAAAUCUUUAACGCGGAUCUCACCAUCUCCGCCGUGGAUAACUCAGAACCGAGUCAAACCCACAUCAUAUCUUCAUUCAGUGAUCUAAGUGUCACUUUGGAUCUUCCACCCAGUUUAAGAUUUUAUCUGGUUCGGGGCAGCCCGUUUUUGACAUGCCACGUCUUGCAACGUGUCGAAAAACUCUCCAUUUCAACGAUUCAUGCGAUUCUUGAUUUUACUCCGAAUUCCUCAAAAACCAAGUUCAAAAUCAAUCUCAACAACGGUCAAACAUGGGUGUUGUAUUCAUCUUCCCCUAUAGAUUUAACUCAUGAGAUAUCAAAGAUUUCAUCUGCAACGUUUUCAGGUAUAAUCCGUAUUGCCAUAUUACCGAAUUCAGACUCCAAACUCGAACCAGUUCUUGAUCAAUUCAGUUGCUGUUAUCCGGUGUCGGGUGAGGCUGUGUUCACUUCACCAUUUUGUGUUGAAUACAAAUGGGAAAAGAAAGGUUGGGGGGAUUUGUUAAUGUUAGCAAACCCUCUUCACCUUCAGCUUCUUGAUCAUAAUUCUUCAACUAAAGUUCUUGAUGACUUUAAAUACAAAAGCAUCGAUGGCGAUCUUGUGGGUGUAACUGGAGAUUCAUGGGUCUUAAAAACCGAUCCAGUUUCUGUAACUUGGCAUUCAAUCAAAGGAAUCAAAGAAGAAAGAUACCCCGAAAUCAUCGAUGCUAUCGUGAAAGAUGUAGAUGGUUUGGAUUCAACUUCCAUAUCGACAACAUCUUCCUACUUUUUCGGAAAACUUGUGGCAAGAGCAGCUAGGUUAGCAUUGAUAGCUGAAGAAAUUGGUUAUGUUGAUGUAAUCCCAAAAGUUCAGAAGUAUUUGAGGGAAACAAUCGAGCCAUGGUUGGAUGGAACCUUUGUUGGAAAUGGGUUUUUGUAUGAUAAAUCUUGGGGUGGAAUUAUAACCGAACAAGGGUCCAAAGAUUCAGGUGCAGAUUUUGGAUUUGGUAUAUAUAAUGAUCAUCAUUAUCAUAUUGGUUACUUUCUUUAUGGGAUCGCUGUUCUUGCGAAAAUCGACCCUAUCUGGGGAAGAAAGUACAGACCUCAAGCUUACGCUUUAAUGGCGGAUUUCAUGACUUCGGGUAGAACUAAAAACUCGAAGUAUACGAGAUUAAGAUGUUUCGAUUUAUGGAAGUUACAUUCAUGGGCUGGUGGUUUAACAGAAUUUGCAGACGGUAGGAAUCAAGAAAGCACAAGUGAAGCAGUGAAUGCUUAUUAUUCAGCAGCUUUAUUAGGGUUAGCUUAUGGAGACACACAGCUUGUUUCAACCGGUUCAUUACUAACAGCCAUGGAGAUCCAUGGAGCUCAACAAUGGUGGCAUGUUAAAGAAGAUGAUACAUAUUACCCUCAAGACUUCACAACAGAAAACCGAAUGGUGGGUGUUUUAUGGGCGAACAAAAGAGACAGUGGGUUAUGGUUUGCACCAGCGGAGUGGAAGGAAUGUAGGGUGGGGAUUCAAGUUCUGCCAUUGUUGCCGAUCACGGAGGUUUUGUUUUCAGAUAUGGGGUUUGUGAGGAAGGUGGUGGAGUGGAGUUUGCCGGCGUUGGAGAGGGAAGGUGUUGGUGAAGGGUGGAAAGGGUUUGUGUAUGCUUUAGAAGGGGUUUAUAAGAAGGAGAUUGCUGUUGAAAAGAUAAGGAGUUUGAAAGGGUUUGAUGAUGGGAAUUCUCUGAGUAAUUUGUUAUGGUGGAUUUUCAGUAGGGAUGAUGAUGGUGGUGAAGAAGAAGGUUAUGAAGGAGGAGGUAAGCAUUGUUGGUUUCGUCAUUAUUGUCAUUAAUGUUCAUAAAUUCGUCAUUAUUGUCAUUAAUGGUUUGUGUAUUAAUUAAUGUUUGUGGGUGUUUAAGUCAUUGUUUAUAAAUAAAA